GUUUUUCUGUACUACAAAGGACAAAGGGCAAAAAGUACCACACCUUCAAUCUUACCUCAGAUUGAAGUAAAGCGUUAGGAGAAUGUUCCGUGAACACAUGUGCCUCUUCAAGGAGUAACUCUUUCAGAGACAAGAUGAUCUUCACCCUGCUGAUCCUCCUCCAUGUCUGCAUCCUGACUGUGGACUCUAUGGUGAUCCCUCAACUCUCCAACAGCUCUGGCAUCCAACAACAGAAUAUCACCUUAGACAUUGCCCCUGACUCUGCUGAUGGCUAUAGAGGACCCAAGCGCUCAACACAGACACAGGAUGGGGAGAUCUCUCCACUCUCCGAAGGCUUCCUAAUGCAGAAGAGUUUCCCUUUAGACAUGGCCCCUGACUCUGUAGAUGACAUGUACAGAAACUGCGCCAAAACAAUGCAUAAGAAAGUAAAUGAUACAUAUUUAAAAAAAGAAUAAAAAAAUAACGAUUUUUAUCAUGUCUGGCAAAUGUAUGAAGGAGAUGCCAUCAAAAAAUACAACAACAAAGAUGCUAUCGACAAGGAUCUCACAGUAGAUCAUUUCAAGGCUUUAAAUGCUUACACAGCUGACAAAAUUUAUAAAAAAUUCAACAAGGAAGUAAAGACCAAAGGGCCAGUGUACACAAGUGGCUUCAGUUACCAUGCUUUGCACUUCCUGUUGUCUGACGCAAUCCUUAUCCUCAAACAAAACCAACCAGAAAAAUGCCUCACCACAUACCGAAGAACAGCGGUGACAUUUAACGGUCAAGUUAAUACUAACAUUCGUUUUGGAAGUUUUGCUUCCAGUUAAAAAAAAACAGAUCUUGAUCAAUUUGGAAGCAAGGAUUGUUUUGAGAUAAAGACGUGCUACGGCGCUUACUUGAAGUCAUAUUCAAUAUAUCCAGAAGAGGAAGAGGUGUUAAUUCCACCUUAUGAGAUAUUCACAAUAACUGCAGUUGAACCUAAACCUAAUGUUUUAAAUUGUAAUAAACUGUACAAACUGAAAAGUUUGAAAAAAACGAAAAGCUAUUUGAACUGUAAAGCAAGCGCAGCAAACUCUGGAGUGGCAGGAACACAGUUAAUCAUAUUUACACAAUUAAUCAUUCUGCUUUCAUUAGCAGUUUAAAUACACAUGCAUUUGAUGAUGACACAUGGCUGACAAUGGCUGCACCACAGAAAUGCUUGAUAAACUACUUCAAUUAUUAGAUGAGUUUGUUUAUAAGUGCCUUUUACAUUACCAACACAACUUGGGAUUGAAAAGAAAGCUUAACAUAAGUUCCUGUUGUGGUGCUGACUU